CGAUGAUAUUAGAGGACGCUCCAUCUUCCAAAAGCACUUUGGCCCUUGACGGGCCUCCAGUUGUAGCUACUGGGUUGGCGAUUCUGGACACUGCAGGACACCAAAUUGAUCCAGACUCAUGCUGCAUUGAAGAAAUUCCAGGAAAAUCUAUAGAGAAGCAGAAGGGAUCCACGAGGCCGUCUAGUGCAAAGGGACUUCAUUUCUUUGAGGUCUCAGAUGUAAAUUCUGACUUGAAGGAAGUCAUGGAUAGAACAAUGACCAUGGAGGAAACUCUGCUUCCAUUACCAGUGAAAUUAUCCUUGGAUGAUAUUACUGACGGUGACAUGGAUGAUCGUUCAUGCCCGCUGAAAAGCAGAGGUGAAGCUUCCAACCUUUUGGAUUUGAAAAGAAGAUUGGAAAUAGAACCCUUGAUAGGUGAAAACAUGAACCUCAGAAAUGAUAAGGAAGAUGACCAACCAUUAGUUCAGGAGGAUCGGAACCUAGAAGAUGCUAAUGAAAUUGCUAAACCAACUAUUCAAGAGUUAGUUGCUAAAGAUUAUCAGAGUGAACUUAGGGAAAGUAUUGGCUCAAUUAAAAAUAUUAAACAUACCUCAGAUAAAGCUGACAAAAUUAGUGCACUUGAUUUAUUUGAAGGAGAGGAAAUUGCCCCAGCAGAAAUAUUUGUAGGGGCCGCUGAAAUAGAGCAAGCUAUUCCAGACUCCAAUCUACUUACUGCUGAAACUGAUGAAGGAACAAGUGGCCACAGUGCUACAGUUGCAACUCCAUAUAGACCUGCACCAGAACGUCAGGCAGUGUCAGGUAUUAGCAACGAAGUGAUUGAUCACUCUCUCCAUACUUUCUCACCAGAGAAAGAUGCCCUAGAAGAAGAAGAGAAUCAGCCUGGAGCCCAAAGUGUUGCACAAUCCACCACAAUGACUGAAAGAAGCAACAAAAAUCAUUUUGGAGUAGAAAAGUAUUCUGGUGGGAUGGAAAUUCCUAAUGAAACAAUUUGCAUAGAUGAAACUUCAAUAAGCGCCGAAAUGGAGAAAAUAAGGGCUGUGCUGAACAUGACAAAUGACAACGAGAAUGAAGAGGCAUUACUUAGUGGAGGCGGCUCACCUGCUUCUGAUGAAGAUCUUAUUAACAGUAGUUUUGAACAAAAUUUAAGGAUGGAUGGUGGUUUCCUUCCUGAUUUAGACAAUCGAGAUCGUCAGGCUGCUGGGGAGAAAGAAAAUGAAGUAGAUGGAAACUUUGAUAAAUUUUCUGAUGCAACUCGAGUGAGCUGUAUGCAUCAACUUUCUUCUGGCGGAAGAAUCAAUCCUAUUAUCCCAGAAGAGAGGGAUACUGGGAGAAUUGAAAAUAUUUCCACCACUAUUCUUGGAUUACAAUCUCCUGGUUCUGCCAAAAAGGGCAUCUCCUCUCGCGAGCCCACUUGUCUGAAAGACGAUGUGGAACAGGAAGAAGAUGGUAUUCAUCUUAAAGAUCAAUUUGUAUUAUCAGUAAAUGACAGCAAUGCUAUUGGGAGAGGUGUUGCUUUGUUGCAUGAAGCAGAAAAUUCAGUUUUAUCCACUGUUAAGGUUGUUGACACUGCAGAGGAGAAAAGAGAGACAAGAAGUGCCCAAACUGAUUCGAAGUAUGAAAAUCCAAAGGAUGCUGCAAAAGAAGGGGUAAAAUCAGUGUCUUUGACUGAUUUUGCUCUUGAGAUGCAAGGUGGAAACAAGAAUGAAACUGCAGACGUGCAAUGUUUUUGAGAACACUGUUGAAAUGGUGAAAGUCAAUUCUGAGGUCAUUGGAGGAAUUGACAAAUUGAAGGAGGAAGGAAAAAGUCCCGGCAGUUUUAGAAAGAGAGUCUGAUGCUGUGUUCGUAGAUUAUGCUUUCCAACAAGUUACUUCAAGGGAUUUUGGUGGCCAUUUUGUUGAAGGGGAAGUUGCUGAAUUCAGUGAAAGUACUGAUCUUGAUAAUAACCGUCCAAGUAGUGCAGUUGUACCGAAUGAAAUAGCUUAUACAGUGACCUUGGAAAAAAUGGGAAGGACUCAGCCACCUGCUACUCCAGCUAAGCAUGAGAAGCCAUUCAAUGGUUGUGAGAAUGAAUUUCUAAAGAUUGAUGCCACAACUGUAUCUCCUUCAAAUGAAGUCCUAUUUAAAGAUCACGAGGUUCUAGAGGAGACAUCAAAUGAAGUUGUACAUACUGUUUUGCAAGUGGACGAGGUGAGGUUUGGAAAAUCUUGACAAUCAAAAAGUUGAAGAUUCUCCAGAGUUGGAUAGAAGUGCUUCCAUUGGCUCAGAUGGCCCUAUGUCCAUUGAUCACAAGCCUGCAGAUAGAAGUGAUAAUUUUGGAACUCUAGAUGAAGAUCAGGAACUGAAUGAUGACAGUUUUGAAGCUCAGAAGGUAGACCGUGAUGAUAAUAAACAGUUUAUUCCAGAAGAUAAUGGUGAUGGCUUGGUUGAGAAAGAACGUGGUGAGAAUGACAGUGAUUAUGAUGUUUUGUCAGAUAAUUUCCAUGAAAACACAAUGGUUGCAGUAGAUGAAGCUAGUGAAGGAAGUAUUGGAAGAAAAAAGGAUUCUGAGAAAGUUGAGGAUGGUGCUAAGUGGGUGGAGAACACACCUGUUUCUCUGCAGUUAUUUGAUUGUUCCAGUAAAUGGGAUGAGAAAGACACUGAGAAAACCAAUUCCUUUGCUGAUACCUCUCGUGGCAAACCCGAAACACAUUCAAGUUGCAUAAUUGUCUCAUUGCCGAGAGUUUCUUCAUCACAUGGAAAUGAAAAUAGGUUUGACAUUUUUACUGAGCCAAACAGCUAUGAUGCAAAAGAAAAGGAGAUGACUGAUGAUGGUAGAGCAGAUAAUGAAAUUUCAGUGGAGGAAAGUGUAGGGGUCCAGCAAAAUGAAGGUCUAGUGGAUGCUACAGUGGAAGUGCGACAUUUUCUAGAAAGUUUACUGAAGAGGAACUUGAUGGCCAAAAUGGUGCAGUAACACAUGCUGAUCAUAAUGACAUUGAUUAUUUGACUUUAAAUGAGCCUUUAUGUGGCAAUAAAAGGAGUAAUGUUGAUGAGACUGAGGAAGCAUUUGGUUUCAAUAAGCUUGAUGUCAUGGUUGUUAGCGGUGAUGACUCUGGCAGAUGUGCAGGUUCUGAAAAGUUGCAUGUUAUUACUUCAGCGAAAUUUGAAGUGGGUGCUAAUCACAUUGCCCUUUCAACAGUUAUUGCUUUGCCGAGUUUUGGAACCGAAGAGAACAGAUCCUUGGAGGUCCAUCUUGAUUCUCACAUCAUUACCAGUCGGGAGAUGAAUUUAAUUUCAGGGGAUGGAGAACGGGGUAUUGCAGAAAUAUGAAAUGGAACACUGGAAGCCAAUCUGAUAAGUAAGCACGUUGAGAAUUCUGUGAAAAUGAAAGAAAAUGCAAUGAGUAGUGAAAGAUAAACGAGAUUCUGAAAAGCUUCUUGGGGAGCUUGAACACCAAACUCAUUUUGCCGUUUCAGAUGAGCCAAUUUUUAGAGAUGGUGGUAGAUCAAAUGUGCAAGAUGAUAUCUCUGCCAUUGUUCAAGAGCAUAUUGAUUGUGAGAAUUAUGAAAGUUCUUGUGUUUCCAUGCAUUUGAUAGGAGCUGCUGUAAUCAAUUGCUUCAAUAACGCUUCAGGCAGGCCCAUGGCAGAAAGCACUCCUGACGAAGCUGACAUGCUGUUGAGGAGAAACUUGUUGGUGCGAAUUACUCUGAACAUGAUGUUAUACUGGAUCGUGCUCAUGAAAACUUUAGAGUUGUAACAGAUCAAGCUAGUGAAAGAAGCAUGGAUGCAACUACUGAUUCUGAGAAUAUUCAGGAUGUCAAUGAGUGUGUUGAAAAAGCACAGAUUUCUCCAAACAGAACUAAGAGUGGCACUGAAAGGAUGAAAAAAAUUCUUCAGAUGUCAAAAUAUCUGUUGAAAGCUCUUGUGGCAGGCCUCAAGUGGGUCGAAGUUGUGCUACUACUCUGCUGGGUGUUUCAUCACUUCAUGUAAAUGGAGAUAAUUCGCACACUAGUUUGAGUGCAGGAGAGGAAUAUGAAUCCGGCGUAUACAGCAAGUUUUUAGCAAUGAUUUAGAAGGGAAGGAGAUGGCCAAUGAAGACAGAGAAACUAAAGCUUUGGAGUUGAAUAAUGACUCACAUGCAUUCACCAGUUGGGAGAUAGAUUUGUUUUUGGGUGACAGGGAACAAGAUGAAGUUGAGAAAUUAGAUGGAGGGGCCUCAGUUGCCAAUCCGGUGAGGAUGCCAAGGAAGUGACACAGAAUGUGGUUAUUACUGAACAAAUUGCUGAAGAGAAACAUGGUGAUCACGAGCAUCACGUGGCAGAGGAUGUUUCACAGAUGGAGGGCACUCACCUUGCUGUCUCAGAUGAGCCUAACUGUCAAAAUCAUGAUGGAUCAAAUAAGCAAGGUGAAGUUGCUGCCAUCACCCAAGGGAAUGUUGGUGGUUGUGAGAAUAUUUACGGGCUUAUUAAGGUUGAGAGUUCAAAUAAUAUCAAAUAUUCUGAAAUACUGAUGGAUGCUGCUGAGAUCAAUUGCAGUAAUCGUGUUACUGCAGAUGAAGCCAUGGUAGAAUGUGGUCACAAUGAAUUGAAACAAGUAGAAAAUAUUGCCAACCCUGGUGCUGAAGACAUUAAAUUUUCAGCUGAAAUGGAUGAUUAUGAACAUAUAAUAGCAGUGGAGUUGGACCAAGAUCUGCCAAAAAUAAAUGCAAAAAUGGAAGAAAUAUCUCCUGCUUCCACAAAUAUGGUUGUUGGUAGAGACAUUGCUGCUGAAGUUGCCCAGACUCCACAACUGAAGUUUGGGUCACCAAAAAAGAUAAAAAAGUCCAGAUGUAAAAUUGAAGGAAAGCAUUGAUUUGUCUACCAGACCGUUGAAUUCUUCAAUGGUGAAAGGAACCCAGUGUAAAACUAGUCUGAUACCAACAGCACCCAAGAAUCUGCUCAAAACUCACAAUACGAAAGAGAAUACGCCAAGCACCAAGAAUGAUCAAAUUGGUAACAUUACAGCAAUGAAAACAUUGGCAAAAAGGCGCCCAUUGGAGGAUCUCCAAAAUAAUUAGAUUCAAUUGGUCCGGCUUGUGAGUUAGUUUUUGUAGAUUUGGCGAGUAAUGGAGUUUGUAUUAUUUACUGCAUGGCAUACCUCAUGCAGUGUAGCAUUUCAUUGACACUACAUUUUUUUUAUGGUAUUUUUUUUUUUUUGGGUCAAUUGUACAACUAGAAUAUUUUUAAUGUGCACAUAUGGGCUUG